GAGAAAUGAAAGCCGUAGAACCCUCGUCUCUGUCCGCCUCGCCGCUCCCGGAUUCCCCGGCCGUUCCGGCCAAGCACCGCCGCUGUAAGCCAUCUCUUUUUUUUCCUUCUGGAAUCACUAACUUCAAGCCUCUAUCUCUCUGCGUAUCUCCUUGUUGUAGUCGUCGGUGCCGCCGCGCAUUAACACGAUGGAGGUUUGAUGCUUUGAACUCUCUGUGUACAAUCGUUAGUUGAAAAUGGAGAUGAUGCUCUGCACGAGUCAAACCCACCAAGGUUUUUGCUCAUUUCUCGGUAAAGGGAGAAGUGUUAGUAUCAGUUCUACAAAUGUGUCUCUGAGUCGCCCUUUUGGUGGUUGUGGUGGUGAUUUGGGGAAAUUGGAGUGGAAUUCGAAACGUAGGGAUAACAAGGCCAUUGCUUGCUAUAGUGUUGAAACUGUAGGGACUAACAGUAGCAAUUGCUUUGAGAGUAAUGAGAAACUUAGGAGGCUGUUGAAGAGGCGAAAACUAGGCGAAGGAUUUAGACACUUUGAGGCUAUGGUUCAGUGUGGAGAAAUCCCUGAUGUAGAUCUAUGCCGUGAUUUGGUUAAGGCUUUCUGCAGAAGUGGGCAGAUUAACAAGGCCACAAGGGCAGUGGAGCUUCUAGAGGGUUCAAGGAUGGUGCCCGAUGUCAAGUCGUACAACAUCUUGAUCAACGCAUAUUGUAAGGCGGGUGAGGUUCAAAAGGCAUUUGACGUUGUGAGCCGAAUGAGUGUUUCUCCUGAUGUGGUCACAUACAACACCAUCCUCCAGACGUUGUGUGAAACCCUGAAACUCAACCAAGCUAUGGAGGUUCUUGGUUUGCAUCUGAAGAGCAGAAAGUGUACCCCCGACAUGUUCACUUCUAAGGCAGCGCGCAAGGAGAGUGGGCCCCAGAAGGCGAUGAAACUAUUGGAUGAGAUGAGGAGUACAGGACUUAGGCCCAAUGUCGUGACGUGUAACACCUUGAUUGAUGCGAUUUGCAAAUCGGAGGGUUUGGAUGAAGGGGUUAGGUUCUUGAAUAAAAUGCCGUCCCAUGGGGUCCAACCCGACCGGAUUACAUACAACAUCGUCUUGCGUAGAAUGUGUAACACCGAUAGAUGGGAGGAUGCCUUGGGGCUGUUUGAAGAGAUGGUUAAGAAACCUUGUAGUUCUCCGAGUGUCACAACCUUUAAUAUUCUCAUCAAUUUCUUGUGCCGGAAGGGUAUAACUGGAAGAGCAAUUGAUUUGUUGGAGAAGAUGCCAAAGCACGGGUGCAGGCCCAACGCCUUGAGUUACAACCCAAUAGUUCACACAUUAUGCAUUGAAAACAAGAUGGAAGAGGCAAUUGGGUAUCUAGAUGUGAUGAUUUCCAGGGGAUAUUACCCUAAUACUGUGACCUAUAACACAUUGCUCACCACUCUCUGCAAAGAUGGGAUGGUUGAAGUUGCAAUCGAAAUCUUUAACCAACUGAGCACAAGAAAUUCUUGUUCUCCCGAGCUUAUCACCUACAACUUGCUUAUAGAUAGUCUGUCAAAAGUGGGGAAGACGGAGCUGGCCACAAAAAUGUUUGAAGAGAUGCUGAAAAAAGAUAUGAAACCUGAUUUAUUAACCUUUUCUUCGCUCUUAUUGGCUCUCGGUAGGGAAGGAAAAGGUGUUGAAGCAGUUAAGUUGUUUUGUGACUUGGAAGACUUGGGUACCGUGGGUAAUACUGUCACUUACAAUGCUGUAAUGUUGGGACUUUGCAAAGCUCGCCAAACGGACCUUGCAAUUGACUUGUUGGACGAAAUGGUGUCAAAGGGGUGUCAACCGACUCAAUCUACAUACACUAUUCUCAUUGAGGGUCUAGCCUAUGAAGGGUUUGGAAAGGAAGCUCUGGGUUUGCUGGAGGAGUUGUGCUCUAGAGGAGUUGUGAAGAAGAGUUUUACUGAACAGCUAAGUCAAAAAGGUGCUGUUACCACAUUGUAAGCUGACAUUGUGCUGCAUUAUUCUCCUAGUGUUUUUCUCUGUUUAUAUCUGGUGCCUUCCCUUUCACUUUUAGCCGUUUUUAGUAACUGUCAAGAACUAGGUAAUUGAAUGCCAUUGAUCUUCAUGAGACUUUUAGAAGAGAAAAAAAAGGAAUAACUUUAUGUCUUCAAAACGACCACUCAUUUGCCAGAAACGUAUAAGGGCAUGUUUGGAAUAAAGAAAAUAUCAAAGCGAAGUUGAAGGAAACUAAACCUUGAGGAAAAGA